AUGGAACCAAGUGAAACUCCAAUGAAAAAAAGAACAUGACUUCAAAAUAUUGCAUUGCACAACAAUGGUCUUCAAAGAAUCUAGCUACUUUCAGGCAGCCCUUCCGAAUGUCCAAGCUAUUACUACUAGUACUUGCUCAUGUAUCACUAACUAUUUGUCUCUAACAUAUACGGGAGAAGGCAGAAAUGCGUAAACAACAGAUUUGCAUAAACACAGUCAUCAGGAAUUGGCUUCUCAAGGUACGGUCCAUACCCAAAGAAAAGCCCCGGUAGUUUACAACCGGAUCAGUAUCGAGAAGUGAGAGUUUUGUCAUCACAGCUG